AAGGUGACAGACAAUUCAGCUCAGGUCAAUCCCACUCGAAUACGGUAAGGAAGAUUUGUCCGGAAAUUGGUACCGCACGGUACAGUUGUGCAAAACACCGAACGUUCAGCGAGACAGGAAUCGAAACGGCCAACGCGCCUCAGAGAGGGCUUCCCACAGGCUGCUCGAGUGAGAGGGACACGCUUUUUUGUGUGUGUGCCGCAAGAAACUUCCACGAAGCCAGCGAACAAUGAUACAGUGCUGUUCUCGAUGCCAUACCGGACCCUACGCUAUACAGCAGUACGAACGAACUGAAGGAAUGUAUCAUACUGGUGCCGUCAGUACCUAGGGGGGGGACCUUCUCUACUUGGUCACGGUAUGGGCUGUGGGCAUCAUGAUCGUUGUUCGCGCAAAGAUAAUAUUUACCGUGGAGCGCAGCACAUAUGAGAAUGAAGAGGGUCGAGCGGUGGGCGGUGUUGAUAUCGAUUAAAAAAAUCAGGUUCUCACCACUUUUACAACAUCCACCGAAUCUCUCUCCCCUUUCCAACCCCAGCCAUACUCGUACAAUAGGGAUACAAUUCGGUCCACUCGGCCGUGCUGAGCUUCCAGGGCUCAUCCUAUUUCUCACUCUUCUCCCUAAUUUACCCAUUUGUCGUAUUCAUCCACUCGAUUCGAACCCAUCAUUUCCGAGCACUAAGCUACCCUACGGUCCGGAGGCCAGAUUUAGUGUUUUGGCGUUGACGUGAUCCCUACCCCCUUUACUCCCGGGUACUUGUACCAGUACUCGAGUACACGAGAAUCCUCAACCCUCUCGGUUCGUCCCUUAUUAUUAUUUUUUAAAUCUUGCCUCUCUUUGCAACGAUAGAACAGACUUCCUUCCUCCUAUUCCGACUCUAUCGAGUCUAUCCGGGUAGAUAAGAUGUCGUCAUCAAGCUCUACAAACAUCAACAAACGCAAAAGGAUGGGUUCGAGAAGCGACCCCGACAUUCCGGUGGAAACCCAUCAACCAACAUCUGGCGAAGAGGCCGAUGCGGAGCUUUCCUAUGAUUCGGCUCCUACUGCUGGAGUGAGUGCUGCGGUAUCAUCAUCGAAGCUUUCUUUGGAAGCCUACCCAGCUAAACGAGUCAAGAGGCGCACAAGCAUCAAUGAUGAAGGAGAAAAGUCAUCAACCACAGAAGGCAGCAGCACCAUCGAAGAGCGUGUUCGGGAGGCUGCUAGUAGGAAGAAGUCCCUCAGCGCUUCCAUGAGGACCAACUCAAACCCGGGUGUCGGAAGCAAUGCGAGCGAAAAUGGUGCCGCCGGAGGUGGCACCGCUCCUCCGCCCAUGGUUCCUCCACAACAGGCCGGAUCGCUGGCUCCCGCUGGAUACUCAAUGAACCCACCACCGACCGAUCGGCCGGUCAGGGUCUAUGCCGACGGUGUCUUUGAUUUGUUCCAUCUCGGGUGGGUACCGCAAUGCUUCUUCUAUCCAACCCUGUCGUGGUCGAGAACCGAGGCUGACAUUGUAUGCCGCUGAUAGGCACAUGCGGCAGCUGGAGCAAGCGAAGAAAGCUUUCCCAGACACCUACCUUCUUGUCGGUAUUCCGAAUGAUACCGAGACACACAAGCGAAAGGGUCUUACUGUUCUCACGGACCAGGAACGGGCGGAGACGUUACGACACUGCAAAUGGGUGGAUGAGGUUAUUGAGAAUGCCCCUUGGAUUGUUACCCCAGAAUUCCUUGCCGAGCACUCGAUCGAUUAUGUUGCCCACGAUGAUGAGCCUUAUGCGAGCGCUGAUUCCGAUGAUAUAUAUCGUCCUUGUAAGGAGGCUGGAAAGUUUCUCGUCACCCAGAGAACUGAGGGGAUCUCCACGACGUACAUCAUUACUAAGUAUGAAGCAUUCUUCUUUGGCUGCGAUGUGGGUGCUGUAUCGUGGAAGUGCUAUGCGAGGACACUACCAGUAGGCUAAUUACGAGCGGUGGUUACCCUUAUCUUUUGAGAUCUAGGAUCGUGCGGGACUACGAGAAAUAUAUUAUGCGACAGCUUCGCCGCGGUACGACCCGCCAGGAACUUAAUGUUUCUUGGCUGAAGAAGAAUGAACUCGAUUUGAAACGACAUGUCACAGAACUUCGGGAAACUAUCAAGAACAACUGGUCAACCACUGGCCGGGAAUUGAGAGACGAAUUUCGUAACUACUGGGCUCCCUCACCCAGGCCAUCCUCACCCUACCAGUUUGGGGCUUCUAAUAGUGGUUCGAAAGACACCCUUUCGCCCCAGCACGAGAGGAAUAACCCGACGUUGAUGCAUCUUGAGCCUCCUUCUCGGCCCCAGUCACCUCAUACCGAGUUUGCCAAUGGAUAUUCGUUGGGUCUUAUCGGGGGUGUUAGAUCUUGGGUGGGUGAAAUAUUGGAAUUUUCGAUCCGUACCCCGCUGACAUGGGAUUUCUGAACCUUCAGAUGCGAUCAAGAGCAACUCCCCGUGGAUCAAUGGCAGCAUCAGAAGCCUCCUCUGACGACGAAGACCCGGAUGAGGGGAAAUCGGGGAAUGGCGAGGAGGAUCUUAUUCAGAACGAAUUAAACAGGGUGGUUGGCAGUAAUGGAGCCAUGGCUGCCGAGAAGGCCUCUCUAAAGCCCUAGGUUUAUUAGGUGGCUCCCCGUCCCUGCGUGGCUCUCGGCUCGGGAAUUCGUCUCCAAAAAAUCACUAAGGGUAUUGCUGGCUUAUCCAUUGCCAGGGCUUACUACUUUCCAUCUUUUCCCUUCUUUUGCAGUUAUUCUUCCUUCACCAAUCUCUAUUUCCCUUUCCGGGCAUUCAUGGUGUCAAAUUAGAUGCAGGCAGUAUGUUGCCACGGGUUAUUAUUAAUGAGGAAGCUGGGGGGGGUGGUUAGAUUUCUG